AUGGAGGGCGGGGCCCCCGUCAAGUCAAAGAGUUUCAAGGGGCCCCAAGAGGGGCCCCUAAGAAUAUGCAUUACAGCCAAAUCCAGAGGGGCCCCCGCACCGCAGAGCAACAGAAUGAGGGGGCCCCCCUGUGGAACCAAAGGCAAAGGGGGCCCCCGCCUUCGGGACAGACACAGAGACCAAGGGGGGCCUCCCAGGGACCCCUAUGGGGCCCCCCAGGGACCCGUCUGGGGCCCCCCAGGGACCCCUAUGGGGACCCCUGGGGGCCCCUAUGGGGCCCCCUAG